ACGCUGCGGCCAAGAGCUGGGCCAAGUACUGGUGGUUUAAGGAGGUAGGAGGGAAGUGGGGGAGCGUGACUCAGGUAUAUAUCGUACUACGUCAUCGGGAUCGCGAGUGCAGCUCACUGGGAGACUACGUUGAGGCUUCACUCCUGCCGCCGAGUCCGGCGUGUGUUGUCUUUCUUGUCCUACUGAAGACAUAACCCUGCGGGCAGUAGAGCGGGAGGGGAGGGGAGGGGAAGGGAGGGGAGGGGAGGGAAGGGGAGAGAACGGCGGAGCCACGUCAGCAGUGGAGCUUCGUGGAAGAAGAGAGUGGCAAACGGCAUUUGCACAAGAGGUGCAUAGAAGAGAGAAGCCAGAAGGGGGAGGUCGGGAGGGUGCGCAGGGGGGUCCGCAGGGUGCGCAAGCAGGUGGGGGGAAGCCCCACUAUAGUAUAACAGAGGUGUGGUCAUCAUGGGAGAGGCUUGCGUUCCUGUCGUCAUUCCGCGCCGAGCGCUUGGCUCGCAGGGGAUGGUGACGUCAGCACAAGGGCUGGGCUGCGUGGACAUGACUGGCUGGUAUGAGGGGGCCAAGCCGGAGGAGGAGAUGGUGAAGGUGAUCCGCCACGCUGUGGACCUCGGGGUGACCUUCUUCGACACGUCGGACGUGUACGGACCGCACACGAACGAGGUUCUGCUGGGAAAGGCUCUGGCCCCCAUCCGAGACAAAGUCGAGAUCGCGACCAAGUUCGGGGCCACGCUGGGUCCCAACCACGACGUGACCGUCCACGGCUCGCCGGAGUACGUGCGCGCGGCGGCGGAGGCAUCUCUCAAGCGCUUGCAGACGGACUACAUCGACCUGUACUACGUGCACCGCAUCGACACGACCAUCCCGAUCGAGGUGACGAUGGGCGAGCUGAAGAAGCUGGUGGAGGAGGGGAAGGUGAAGUACGUGGGGCUGUCGGAGGCGACGGCGGAGACCAUCCGCCGCGCGCACGCCGUUCAUCCGAUCACCGCGGUGCAGCUUGAGUGGUCGCUGUGGGAGCGCUGCGCGGAGCAGGAGAUCAUCCCGGUCUGUCGGGAGCUGGGCAUCGGGAUCGUGGCCUACUGUCCGCUCGGAGCCGGCUUCCUCUCCGGCAAAGCCAUCGAGGAGGAGCUCAAGAGCGAGGGGUUGCGCCCCCUGUUCCCCAGGUUCCAGCAGCUGGAAAAGAACAGAGUCUUCUACGACAGGCUGAAGGCUAUGGCGACCAAGAAGGGCAUCACGCCGGCGCAGCAGGCGCUCGCAUGGGCGCAUCACCGCGGGAACGACGUCUUUCCCAUCCCGGGGACGUCCAAAAUCGCCCACCUGGAAGACAACAUCCGAUCGGUGGCCAUUGCCCUCUCCAAAGAGGAGAUGGAGGAGAUGGAAGCAGCCGUGCCCCAGGAGGAGGUCGUCGGAGAUCGAAAUCCAGCGUUCAUUAUGGUGACCACGUGGGAGGCGACGCAAUCAGGCCAGACCCCGCCUUUGAACGAGUGGCUGGCCACUCACACUCAGCCUGCUUAAUUACCACGCUGCUCCUCCUCCUCCCCCUACCCUCCUCCUCCUCCUCCUCCUCCUCCUCCUCAUCAUCAUCAUCAUCAUCAUCAUCAUCAUCAUCAUCAGCAGCAAAGGAGGGAGAACCUGCCUCAACCGUUUUGAUAGGCGAGAUCUGUCGUUUAUAGCAUGCUUCUGUUCGUGUGGGUCUAUGGUCUUCUGUGUACCCUGCCUCCUAUUUCACAAUAAGCACACACGAUUCAUAUGCACCCUGGUUAUAUAUAUAAUCAGCAUUGUUCGUCUCACUAUGUACUUGGUCCUAAGACAGACUCCAAACAAAUCCCACCCACUUUCCUUCGCGUGUAUGGUACAAGGGCUUGAUGGGUAAAUGGAUGAGGAGCUGCUAUCCGUCGUAAUUCUCAAAACCUGUAUUUAUCUACUGUACCUGGCCCAAUUUUAGGCCUGAUUCACGUGAUUCCCGCAGUUUAUCCUCCUAAUCUGAUAUUUUCUCUGUGCGGGUGGAGGCAGGUUGUUGUCUCGUACAUUGCUCUUGGGUCAAGUUGGGUGUUUCUGUCUGUCUACCUACAUGCCAUUGGGCUAUAUUCCUGGCCACCGAU